AUGUUCAACUUCACUCCCCUUCUGGGCGCGCAGUCGACCUCAGCCGCAUCGCAGUCCCUGCUCGAGCUCGAUGGAGGCAUCAAAAUCCUCGUUGACGUCGGCUGGGAUGAGGGUUUCAAUGCCGAAAAACUCAAAGAGCUUGAGAGGCAAAUCCCCACACUUUCGGUGAUUCUGCUCACGCACGCAACGGCCGCCCAUCUUGGUGCAUUCGCUCAUUGCUGCAAACACUUCCCGCUGUUCACUCGAAUCCCCGUCUACGCCACCACCCCCGUCAUAUCUCUCGGCCGGACGCUCCUCCAGGACCUCUACUCGUCGACCCCUCUCGCAUCUUCCAUCAUCCCAGAAGCUGCGCUAUCGGACUCGGCUUAUUCCUUCCCCGCCCUUCAAGGAGGCAACCACCCCAACAUUCUCCUCCAGCCUCCUACCUCCGAAGAGAUCGCACACUACUUCUCGCUCAUCAACCCGCUCAAAUACUCUCAGCCACACCAGCCGCUACCUUCGCCCUUCUCUCCGCCCCUCAAUGGACUCACUAUCACCGCCUACAGCGCUGGACAUACCUUGGGCGGGACAAUAUGGCAUAUUCAGCAUGGCAUGGAGUCGGUUGUGUACGCGGUGGAUUGGAACCAAGCUAGGGAGCAUGUUCUUUCCGGUGCUGCAUGGUUGGGAGGGUCGGGCGCUGGUGGCGCCGAGGUCAUCGAGCAGUUGCGCCGGCCGACGGCCAUGAUCUGUAGCAGCAGAGGUGCGGAGCGCAUCGCUUUGGCCGGUGGCCGACAGAAGCGAGACGAGCUGCUGCUCAACAUGAUCAAGGAAACCGUAUCCAAUGGCGGUUCCGUCCUGAUUCCCUCGGAUUCAAGUGCCCGCAUCUUGGAGUUGGCCUAUCUGUUGGAGAGCACCUGGUCCACCGAGCCCCAUUCACUUGGAAAUACCCCUCUUUUUCUUGCCAGCCGCACGUGCGGAGCAACAAUGCGGUACGCGCGUAGUAUGCUGGAGUGGAUGGAUGAAGGCAUUGUGCGGGAGUUUGAGGUGGCAAGCAGCGGUCAGGGCGGGGAAGAUGUUAAACGCACGAGAAGCCAACAAGGAUCAGGCAGGUCGAAGGAUGGCAAGGACGAUGCGAAAAAGCCCAAUGCGCCUUUCGACUUCAAAAAUGUGAAGUUGGUUGAACGCAAAACCCAGGUCAAUCGCAUGCUUUCCACCGAAGGUCCCAAAGUCAUCUUGGCAAGCGAUGUCUCGUUGGAAUGGGGCUUUUCCAAGGAAGCCUUGCGCAAUCUCGCUGCGGACGUCCGGAACCUUGUCGUCUUGACGGAACGGGUGGCGCAACCUUCGGAUUCUAAGAAAGGAUUGGGAAGAUUGCUUUGGGAGCUUUGGGCUGAACGGAGCGGCGCUACGAAAUCCGCAGAGGCUGAUGAGAGUGCUGCUGUACAGCAAGCUGGCGGUGCUGAAGCGACUGUGGAGGUGGCUCAGGCAACACCGCUCGAGGGCAACGAGGUUCCGUUGUACCAGCAUUACCUCGCACAGCAGCGCCAGUUGCAUAACACGCUCCAAACUGACGGCGCAACUUCCCUGGAGACCGCAGCAGAUGUUAUCGAUGACCGCUCAUCAACUAGCUCGGAAUCAUCGGAAGAAUCGGAUACGGAGCACCAAGGCAAGUCGUUGAACAUUUCGGCCGCCAUGACGCACGCUCGACAAAAACUGGGACUUAGCGAUGCCGAACUGGGCAUCAACAUUCUGCUGCGCCGCAAGAACGUCCACGACUACGAUACCCGAGGCAAGAAGGGCAGGGAAAAGAUGUUCCCCUACGUCGCCAAGAGAAGACGUGGAGACGAAUUCGGAGACCUCAUCCGGCCCGAGGAAUACCUUCGUGCCGAGGAGCGCGACGAGGUGGACGGUCAGGACAUGCGCAAUGGCACACAGCAAAAAGAUUCGGGCGUUGGCCAGAAGCGCAAGUGGGACGAACAGACAGGGAAGCCUGGUGCGGGCAAACGACAGGCGACGAACGGCACGACAAAACGCCGCAGACAACAGGAAGGCUCGGUGCAGGGCAGUGUCACCAACGAUGACCAGGCUGAGAACGACGAUUCCGGAGAGUCCGAAGAUGAGGCUCCUGAGGAGGAGGUUGCCGGCCCAUCCAAGAUUAUCUUCACGCAGGAGACUGUGCGACUCCAGUGCCGGAUUGCUUUUGUUGACUUUUCGGGUCUGCACGAUAAAAGAAGUCUACAGCUGCUGAUACCCAUGAUCCGUCCGCGCAAGCUCAUUCUUGUCGCUGGCGAGCAAGAGGAAACGUUGGCACUGGCAGCAGAUUGCCGCAAGCUGAUCGAAGCUGCAUCCGCUGGCUCAACAGAGAGCGCGAUCGACGUCUUCACACCAACAGUCGGCAUCACCGUCGAUGCAAGUGUGGACACGAAUGCCUGGACCGUCAAGCUCAGUCAAAACAUCGUUCGUCGUCUGCGUUGGCAGAACGUCAAGGGUCUUGGUGUCGUGGCGAUCACCGGCCGUUUGGAAGCACACCUCCCCGACGAGGACGACUCUGCGACGGAGAACGGCGGCGUCAAGAAGAAGGUCAAGGGCGCCAAGGGCGGUGCUCAAGAAGCAGCAGACAAGAAUGGAAGCAACGGGGAGGUCAACGUCACACCUGUUCUCGAUAUCGUGCCUGCCAGCAUGGCUGCUGCCACGCGCUCUGUCGCCCAGCCUUUGCACGUUGGCGACCUGAGGCUCGCAGACCUACGGAAGAUCAUGCAAUCGUCGGGCUUUGCCGCAGAGUUCCGCGGUGAGGGUACGCUGCUCAUCAACGGGUCAGUGGUCGUCAGGAAAAGCGGGACUGGGAGGAUCGAGGUGGAGAGCAGCGGGUUCGGGCUCAUGGGGCCAGGGCGGCCUGAUGGUACAUUCUACGCCGUUAAGAGGAAGAUUUAUGAGGGCUUGGCGGUGGUUGCUGGUGGGUAA